AUGGCGCUUUGGUGUGAUAAGGACAGGCCUCGUACUUUUACCUCGCUUCGGUAUAACGAAGAUAUCGCUAGCAACCUCUCAAACAUAGUCAAGGCCGGUGAUUUUCCUCACAUUCUAGUAUACGGGCCUAGCGGAGGAGGCAAGAAGACUAUUAUUAACUGUAUUCUGAAGGAGCUGUAUGGUAGCGGUGUUGAGAACAUAAGACAUGGAAUACAGUACUUUCAGGCUUUGAGCGGAAGAAAAUUGGAGCUACAGACUUUUACUAGUAAUUAUCACAUUCAGCUUAAGCCCAGUGAAGUUGGGGUUCAUGAUCGCUUAGUCGUCCAAGAAGUUAUCAAAGGUAUGGCGCAGACCAAACAGAUCAACCCUCAAGCACAAAGGCCGUUUAAGGUUGUCGUUUUAAUGGAAAUUGAUGACCUCACACGUGAUGCACAAGACGCUUUACGUCGAACGAUGGAAAAAUACGCUUCAACUUGUCGGCUAAUUUUAUGUUGCGAAUCAAUUAACAAAGUUUCGGAACCACUCCGUAGUCGGUGCACCCUUAUUCGGAUACCAGCCCCUAAGGAUGAGCAGGUUUACGCUGAAAUAAAACGAGUUUGUAAGUCAAACAACGCUUUUCUUGACGAAGAAAUUGUAAAUGGUAUCGUGAAGAAAGUGAGGGGCAAUAUGAGGCUUGGACUGUUAUUAGCUCAGGCUGCAGCCGGAUACAGUCUUCUGAAGGUUCGAGAGCGGAUUUAUGAGUGUCUAAUACAUUGCAUACCUGCUGACGUCAUAUUUGUGAAAUUGGUGAGAGAGCUUCUUCCUUAUUGCGAUGGACAGAUAAAGGCCAAAGUAGUUGCUGCAGCUGCAAAGUAUGAACACCGACUGGGCCUCGGGAACAAGACGAUUUUUCAUAUUGAGGCUUUUAUAGCAACUUUCAUGGCUAUCUAUUUCCAGCAGCUUAAGGAAAGUACUGAAGGUUUUUAG